AUCAUUGUCCUCAUUAUACAACACUAAUUUUUGUUUUCUCUUUUGCAUAAACUAUAGGAGUUAAGCAAUAAUGGCAAGUUCCAAGAAGAAUGGUGGGUCAGUUGUUUUUGAGGAUUUCUUCCCUUCAAUGAUGGAGAAGUUAGGAAGUGAAGGGUUUAUGAAAGAGUUGGCAAAUGGUUUCAAUGUGUUGAUGGAUAGAGAGAAGAAAUUGAUAACAUUUGAGAGCUUGAAGAAGAACUCGGCAUUGCUUGGGUUAGAAGGUAUGAGGGAUGAUGAGAUUAGUUGCAUGUUAAGAGAAGGUGAUAUGGAUGGAGAUGGAGCUCUUAGUGAGAUGGAGUUCUGCACUCUAAUGUUUAGGUUGAGUCCUUCUUUGAUGAAUGAUUCUAAGCAACUUUUGGGAGAAGUUAUUUUCACUUGAAAUUAAUGACUUUUUUUUGCUUUUGUUAAUUAAU